AUGUCCCCUCAACUGAAAGAUGGAUGCAUUGGCUACCUUUUGGAAGCCUUCUUUUACUACGACCUAAAGGCGACUGAUCGAAAUACGAGCCCCUUUCAUCGAAUGACCCUGCCGGUACGUUAUAACUUACUUUUUUUUAUCUUGGAAAUGUAAGUUUUCAGUUGAUAUCCCGCCGAUAUUUUGUUCAAAUCUUCACAAAGGAAUCGUACUGCUAUCGCCUUCAGUUUUAUAACUACAUUGUAGCCAGACACAACUAUCAGCGCGAAACCCAAUUUGGCUUGACUGGUAAGAAAAGCGUCGGCGAUUUCUCAAUUUUUCUUGGCUUCAGUUCAAGAAUCUGGCGUGCCUUUAGUCCAUCAGAAACCCAUGGUAUCGUUGCUGAAAAUGAUCACCGUAACUCCUGAAGUUGAGCCGCUGGAGGGCCGAGAGGACUAUUGCGUUGUUGUGGAUGGAAACGUGGUCAGCGACUCUCGGCAGAUCAUGAGAAUGUUGUACGGUAGGUGGGGGUCGUUUCUUUAAUUGGAACACAACAUUCGCAGCGAAUUUUUGAUAUUCAGACAGCCGAAUCCCUGCCCAGUACAUGUCUUACUACACGGAAUCAGUUGUGACUGCGGAAUUCAAUGACUACGCAGCUCAAGACUUUACUUAUCCGGCGCACGCACUUUACGGCGAGUCGGCGCAGUUGUUACCAUUUACGCUACAUUCAGGAGAUCCGAGGAUAUUCGCUGAUGUUGUUGUCACAAAUUCGAACGCAAUUGAUUGUAAGAAAUUGGCUUUCUUAAGCAUUAUUGGAUGUUUCAGAUGCUCCGCAUAUCUUUGAGAUCAAAACCAAGAAACUCUCAAUUUAUUUGGACAAUCUUAUUUGGUACGAUGAGUAGGUUAAUAAGCUUAAAUUUUAAUACUUUUCAGUCUGCCGGAGAUGCCGUAUCUUACCGAGUUGAGCUGCAGUUUUGGGUCAGUUGGACUAACGAUUAAAGAGACCGUCGACUUUUACAGCGCAAUCGCUGAAAACCUGGUCAACUCGUGUCCAAAUUUGACUACGAUAAAAGUAUCAUGUCAAGCUCAUGUCUCUGGAGAUGUAAGUCAAAGAAUAAUUAAAAAAAACCACGUGUUUUAGGACCUCGGAGACGAAACAUUGGCGGGCUUGUUUAGGGCUGUCGAAUCGGCUUUAGAAGUGCUCAAAAAAUAUGUAAAAGAUGUCAUCGUUGACGAUUUCUACGUAGCUGUCAAAAUUCCGGAGUCUCGAAGGGUAACUGGACUUUUUUCCUGUUUUCUUAGUAGGGCUUAAAACAGUGAAUAAUCUAUUAUGAAUUUCUUGAACUACAUAGCUUUUUUAGGGUGACCUGGACCUGGAGCUCACAUUACGCACAGAAGAGCCCGUUCCAGAGCUCUUUGAUAAUAUUUACAGCGAUGUUUACACUGACUACUACAUGAAAAUGUUGCAUUAUUUAUAUUACAACGAGUCGGAUGUUCCGAAGCAUUUGCUUGGGAAAUGUGUCAGGUUCAGGGCCUUUCUCGAGGAGGGUGGCGAGUUUGAACCUGGGAAACUUUUGGAAGUCUUCUAA